CAUUCUCCUUUCAUAUGGUAGAUGGCAGUAAAACACGCAUUUUUAUAAACAGAUCAAUAAAUUACGCAAGAAGAAGGAAUAAUUUGCAAUCAUGGAAGCGAUCGGCACGCUGGUUCUGGCCGCGAUCGUCCUUGUUCUGUUCUCCGCGUUAUUCCGGAGAGAUUCGGGUCGCUUCGCCAGAAUGCCGCCCGGUCCGAGCCCGCUGCCUCUGAUCGGUAACCUGUUGCAGCUGAGAGGCAAAGCACCGUAUGAGAACUUCGUAAAGCUCAGCGAAACUUACGGCCCCGUAAUGACGGUACACCUGGGUCCGAAGCGCGUCGUGGUUCUGGUCGGCUACGAGGCGGUGCAGGAGGCGCUGGUGCAGAACGCCGACGCAUUCGCUGGCAGACCGGAAUUGCCACUGUUUGAGAAGACAAGCAAAGGAAUGGGCCUGGGAAGUAGUAACGGUGAACGCCUUAAACAACUGCGCCGUUUCACUCUAAGUACACUGCGGGAUUUCGGAAUGGGAAAGCACAGCUUGGAGGAGUGGAUUCAGGAGGAAGCUAAACAUCUUGUCAUGGAAUUUCAAAAGAACGAAGGUGUGCCCUUUGACCCAACUUUUUACCUCAGCCGCUCUGUGUCCAACAACAUCUGCUCCAUCAUAUUUGGUGAACGGUUUGAAUACCAAGAUGAAAAGUUUCUGCAUCUGCUGACUCUUAUUGAUACAAAUGCUCAUCUGCUGAGUAACCCUUCAACGCAGUUGUACAAUGUAUUUCCAAAACUCUUGGAUUUACUUCCUGGACCACAUAAAAGAGUCUUCAAGAAUGUAAAGGAUUUUGAGAAUUUUUUUUCUACAAUAAUUGACAAUCACAAAGACACUCUGAAGAUUGAUAGUCCUCGAGAUUUCAUUGAUGCCUUCCUCAUCAAAAUGAAGCAGGAAAGUACAAACCCUGACACAGAAUUUUUUUAUGGCAACCUACUGUAUACAGUUUUACUUCUCUUUGUGGCCGGGACUGAGACCACCAGCACCACUCUGAGAUAUGGACUGAUGAUUCUUCUGAAGUACCCUCAUAUCCAAGAAAAGAUUCAUCAGGAGAUUGACGCAGUAGUUGGCCGUGAUCGCCUACCAGCCAUGGAGCACAGGAAAAAAAUGCCCUUUACAGAUGCGGUUAUCCAUGAAUGCCAGAGAUUUCUUGAUGUUGUGCCCUUGAAUAUUUUUCACUGCACCACAGAGAUGAUCAACUUCAGAGGCUAUACAAUUCCAAAGGUACAGCCUCAUCCCAAAAAAUACUGUAUAGCAUUUAAACUUGGAUUUACCAAGAAAAUAUUUAGACAUAAAGUAACCUGCUGUGUGUAUAUUUUUCAAACUUCAUACCUAAUCCUGUUAUCUGUCUCUUGCCAGGGUACAGUGGUCAUCCCAUUGCUUCACUCUGUGCUCUUUGACAAGACAAAGUGGGAAACUCCUCACUCCUUCAAUCCUGGACACUUUCUGGAUGAAAAUCACUGCUUCAAAAUGAACCCUGCUUUUAUGCCAUUUUCUGCAGGAAAGCGAUCCUGUGUGGGGGAGAACCUGGCACGAAUGGAGCUGUUCCUGUUUUUUUCGACGCUUCUUCAAAAUUUCACGUUUUCCUCCACUGAUGAACCUGCAAGCAUUGACAUUUCACCAGUUGCUGGCUCCUUUAUAAAACUUCCACGACAAUACAAGCUUCUCGUCAAAUCCCGUGCAUAAAGAUUUUUUUUCCCGCUGAGCUGCUUGAUAAUGAGUCAGCUUCAUCUCCAUUUAUUUUUUCUUUCAAAAGUUUUAGCCUUGAGUCUGAUCCUUAUCAGUACAUAUCAGUGUUGAGAGCUGCGAUGUCAUUUGUAGUGCUUUUCUGUUUAAAAUGUUCAUGGGUUUGAAAUGAGUUUUGCUGUUAAAAAUCCUGGAAACACCUUUUCUUUCUAACUUACACUAUUUGUACACAAUUUAGUUGGUGUUGCUUUUCUGUUUGUAUUUACAGAAUGCAGCUGCGAUAAAAAGAAAUAUUGAGGGCAUUUUCCAAUGUCAGUCUUCUGGUGCCUGUACCCGAGGCCGAGUGAUUGCUGUUUUGUGGCGUUGAACAAAAUCCCAGCAGCAAUUUCUGGUAAAGAAGUGGAGGCUACUCUCGGGCAACUCAGAGGGACGGCUUUUUAAAUAUGCAUUGGAAAGGUGCAUCAAGAAAAAUUAGAGGAAGAAAGAGGAUUGGGGGAAACACAGGGAGGUAAAAAGGUUCAGGCACUGCACUGUAGGAAGCUGAAAAUCAAAGGAGUGCAUUGUGCUCUCUGCCUGAACGACUGCUUGUGCAAAAAUGUAAAUUCUGAACACUACAUGCACUUGGACAUUUUACUCACACUAAAUUAACUGCCAGGCUGUUUUCACAUAUGCAGUAGUAAUAGUGGAAAAAAUAUCUUCAGCGAAGACUACAUCAACAUUUUACCUACAGGUAUACACAUGCAUAUUUCAAUGCAAAUUGGACAUUUUUGUAUACAGUGUGGCCUGCCACCCAAACCCGACACAGACAGAUGCAGGACACAAGUUCAGCACACGUUUAUUAUUUUUUCCCCUGGGAAAUGCCUUCCUGUUUCUCACCUGCACAACACAGUUCACAAGUACCAAAGCACAAUAAAUGCAGUACUUUCUUUUUU